AGCUGUUAUGCUACAGUUAGAUUCAUUGACGGAAGCCAGCCAUGAAAUGGCAAUGCUGUAGCUCUUGCGAAGGCUGCACUGUCACUGUAAUUGUUUGAUGGCGACAGGGAUUUGCCUAGGUCGCACAAGUGCCAGUGCUAGCCAAUGCAUGCAGAGAAGUGUUUGUUUCAGGUGUGCCGGAACGGCGUGCUUGGCAGUUUUCCUGACCUUAAUAUUGCAAGGAUGUGAGGUCACAUGCACUUCUGAUCUCUAUGGAGUGAGCUCAUGUGUGAAAGCCCAAUACUGCGACCAGAUGGCCAGUUCAGUUCUGGAGGGAAUGCCUAUUGAGUUGUGUAUAGCAGAGUGUGGCUAUCGGAACUGCACAGCCAUUCAACGUGAUUGCAGUGGUCGAUGCUUGCUGAUGGAACACUGUGGCCACACGGCACCAACACGCAUUUGCAACACCAUAUAUUACCUCGACGUUGAGCUAUUGACUACAACAACGACCACAACAACAGUCCGGGGCCGUUGCUACAAAGAUGCGCCUGUCAACGAGAACUAUUUGUGCUCUCCUACGAGCGCUUGCCGAAAGGAAUAUCAAGUUGGAAUCUACAUGGGUUUUAUGAUGCUACAAGACUGCCUCAAUGAGUGUGAUCUUCGUCCGUUUUGCAGAAGUGUCGAGUACCAGGGCAGCAUGCGGCCGCAAUGCUGGAUGUGGCACACCGACUGCGUGGAGUCACCAUCAAUCACAGAGGGCAGCGUGUAUCACAAAGCCAUAUACAAGACUACUGCAACCAUGAGCACAACCUCGGAAGUGCCAGUACUGUCCUCAACAUCACUUCAGCCGGACUUCUCUGCUACCUGUUUUCCGGGCAUUGUGGAUGCCGGGACCUACGAGUGCACACCGAGGUCCAGCUGCAGGAAUCAGGAAUUUGCGAACUAUCUCCCAAAUGCGGUGUCCUUGCAAGAGUGCAUGGACCAGUGUGAUGCUGAUGACAGCUGCCAGGCCUUCGUGCACGAAUGCAAUGGGAACUGUGCGAUGAUGAUUGACAUCGGCUGCGAUGGGGAUAUCCCCAUUGGAGUUAAUGCACAGUUCCGUGGAGCUUGUGGAAGCGUCUACAGAAAGGUCAUGUCGAUGGCCACGACCACGCAGGUGCCACCCGGCUGUCACGAGUCAGUGCUGCAGAAUCCUGAUUAUACAUGCGAGCCUUUAAAGAGCUGCACCAAUUACUGGGAAGCAUUGAACUUGGGAGCCAUCCCCUUGCGAGAUUGCAUGGCUCAAUGUAUGAAGUAUGAUUGCGGCGUCAUCCAGCAUCAGAAUGGCUCUACAUGCCUUCUUUUAAGAGAAUGUAGUAGCGCCUUAAGCGCCUCAUUCGCCGGGACCAGCCUGUAUUUUCGAGAUCGAUUGUGGCCACAUUGGAUGGAGACAACCACCAGCACCACCACAGUCUUCGGGCAGUGCAGGGCCGGUGCCCAAACUGCUAUGCUUGACUUUGCCUGUCAGCCUUCCACACAUUGCAUUGAACAAAGCUCCCCAAGGAUUACCUACCGUAACACGACCAUUGAUAUUUGCGCAGAGAUGUGUCGGCAAGAACCUGAACAUUGUCAGUACAUGCAGCAUGACUGCAAUGGUGAUUGUCUUUUCUUGACUCGUUGCACUCCUCGAAGAAGCUCCUGCGGUGCGAGAGUUUACUUCAGACUCCAUGUGGCGAUGCCCUCCAGCCAACAUCUCUUUUUCGACACGAGCCUUGCUGUAGCAUACAGCCAAACUUGCUAUGGCUCUGGCUGUGAAGUACAUGCAGUUUGCCCAUUUGGCUUCUACCCCACUGAAUGCCAGCUCAUCUCUUCAUGGGGAGGAGCAAGCAUGUACACCAAUGAUUUCGUUGAUAUGAGAUGGCAUACUGGUCUUUGCACUGCAGUGGGCGCUGGCCCAGCGGCUUUGACCUUGCAGGCUUUUUGCACUCGACGACUGCGAACGUUCAGCUAUUUUCCAGAAAAUGACAGUUUCAACAGCAAAGCUACAUGUCCAGAGGGCAAUGCAAUGAUGAGCUGCCUUUGCUUGGCACCUGAAUCGAACCGUCGUGCCUGUAACGACCGAAUCCAUUUUCAACCAAAUUUCAGAAGCAACGCCCCUGCGAUUUGUCAGCUCUCUGACUUGGAUCCUGCAGGUGGAGCAAGAGUCGGGGCCAUAUGUGCCGCUGCACAUGAUGGAGUCAGAGUACAAAAUUUCAGACCUGAGCAAGCACAGCACACAUUUGAUGAAAUCCAAUACUGUGGCUGGAUGAACCUAGAUGCGGCAGGUGCUAACAUGUCGGAAGUUCAAAGGUAUGAGGCCGAUUGCCGGGCCUUCAUGCAGGAGCCUUCAGACUACUUUGUUGGGGGCUGCAGAACCUCCGAGUGCUUUGAUUUGGCCGACUGCGUGAGGAAAUGCAACCUAUGUAGUGAGUGCGCAGGUGUACUUCACAUGGCAGAUGGAGACCCAAUGGGUCUCGGAAUCCAGUGCAUCAUGCAGCAGAAGGAUCGGCUCAACUUCCCUGUUGAGACGACGCUGACCAAUCCUGCGCGUGAUGAGCUACUCUAUGUCAACACCCGCGGCAGACACUGCUCCCCACAGCAUGAGAUCAAGCGGCUGAGUCUUUUCCAAGACGCUGCAUGCACACUCCCAGUCUAUCCAGAAAAGGUGCAGGUCGGUGAUCAAGUGUUGCAGUCGAAUUGGUCAGUCUCGACGGCAGCCUAUAUUCCUGAAUGCUCUCCAGAGUGUGCUGGCACUGACAUCCAGUUGUUUGCUUCUUUUGCCAACGCGUCGUCCACAUUAUGUGCUAUCAUUCAUUCUUCCUUGGGCUUCGCACAGGGGUGGAGCCUGGACGCCGGCAGCCGAACGGUGGCAACUUCUGCAGGUGCACGGGUAUCAUUUGGCAGGACUCCGGCAGAUCCUGCAAGCUUCCCAAAAGGAAGCACCGUCACGUUUGAGGGCUCUUUGGUGAUUAUUUGCCGAAGUCAGCUGGGGGAAUGCGUUCUGCCAAAGAAAUGGAUUCCAGUACUCGCAGGGCAAUUUGCGCGAAUGCUGGCAAUUCCACCGCAUUCGAUUAAUUUGAUCUCACGUAUGCCCAAAUCUCAAUGGGCAGACAGCGAUCGACGACUCCAAGAGGAUGGCCGAAACAUGCUGGCGGAAAUCUCCAUGGGCUUCACUUUGAGAGUGAAACUUGUCAUGGACACCCCAAAUGCUGCUGAGCUGGCCCUGACCGUAGCUGCGGAUUUGAAGGCGAUGGCAGGACAAUUGGAUUUGCUUUCAGAAAUGCUCAACCAGAUCGUUCCAAUGGAUGUGCUUGUCAAUGCCUUUGGCACUUUUGGUAGUUUCUCCCGCUAUGUUGAUCCACCAGUUUUUCGGGAGAUCCCAACUGUCACCACUACGACAAGCACGACAACAUCUACUUUCAAAAUAUCGACUGCAGCGGACGAGGAGGACGAGAACGUUGUUCUCACAACACUGGUGGUUCUGAGCAUCUCCUUUGGAAUGAUUUGGAUUUGCUCGACAAUCGUCUACAUGCUGUACCGACGGAUUCGCUUGACAAAGGCACAAGAAAGAGAGCGAGGCGGCAAGGGUGUCGAUUGUGCUGUUAUAUACAGUACUUGCCUUGUAAACAAACAUAAAGGGCUGGGAAACCCACUAAUCAGACAGUUUCAGCCUUUCAUACACAAAAGUUCUGAAUUGCUCCUAACAAUGCUUGAAACUUGGAUAUUCCUCCGCUCAUGCGCACACAAUUGAUACUCAAGUCUUUAACCCGUGCAUAAAUAUGGAGAUGAGAUAAGCUAACAGCUAACGUUCAGACAGUCACAUUUCAGAUGGUUCCUGCAUGUUCCUGAACACGCAGUCAUUUGGAAGAGGGAGUAUCAUUCUACUUGUAGUUUUGCCCUAUCGUGUAUCCCAGAAAUAGUGGAAGCAGCCGAGAACUCAUGGCGGCACAAGCAAUGGCGACAGAUUGCUGUCCAAGACGUGCCUUUUGGCAAAUCAUUCCGUGCAAGACGAAAGAAAAACAGAUACUGCAUAGAUCCUCCCCAGCUCGUCCUUUGAGAAGCAGCUUUGAACGUGCAAAUUGCUCGCAUCUGUGAAGUGCGUGUGUAGAGCAGAACAAUGAGAAAACCAUGAAAACACAUUUGCGCCCAGGGCCUUCACGCAAAGGAGAAAGCCAAAGAGGGCACUCAAACAUAUCAAGCGUGAGGACAUCCCAGCAGAACUUUGUCCUUCCACUGCGCAGCGCAAGAACCAAAGGCACAAAGCUUUGAUUGCUAGGACAGUGACAACUCAAUUGGGUGCAUCGGUGGGCUUUGGCCGGAUUAUAUAACGUGGGCUUUGUAUGGCUUAAGCUUUAGCAUCGUCUUGCAAAGGAUCCGUGUUGCCUUCUUGUAUUUUUGAGGCUGCCCAUCCGCGUCGUCAGCUCAAAUGCUGAAGAGCACGAAAGCUGCAGAGAGUUCUUGCCACCCCUGUCCGUGGGGUAUCAGCCGUAUUGCCUUUCUGAAUUGGUUGUAUGUUGAAGCGACCUUUCCAUUGGACAGCCUGCAAAGGGAGUGUGCGAGAAAGUGGCCAAGAUGGUUUCACGCUGAGCAGCCACGUCAUGAUGUGAAGCAACAACAUUCACUUUUCGCACAGUCUUUGUGCGAGAGCCGUGCCUCAUAGGUGUGCAACCUGACAGAACUUGAAAUUUCAAUUUCAGCCUCACGCUGACAAUGUCACGUGUGCAAGACAUUAGUAGCAAUUCAAGAGUACGCCAGUUUCCAGCACCUUCCUUGCCUGCUUUUUGGAUCCGGGGUUGAG